GCCUCCGGACUCGUGGCCGCCUGCCAGGGACCCCAAAACGUUUUCGGGCGCUGUGCUGACAACAUCCUCGCAGGACCAACGAGCGGAUGACAGCCAUCCUUUGAGCCUUAACAGAAGACUUUGAAAAUGUAAACAAAAGCGACGCAGGCGCAGCAGUAUUGUCUCCCGCAAUCCUCGAGCAGUUUGGCAAGGAAAGCCGAGCUUCCAGGCUAGCAUCCUGCACGGCUGUCGGUCCUCGGCCGUCGGCAGUCGGUUUUCCAGCCCACAUCCUGGCCAGGCUCAAAAACAGGCUCGUGCAGGCAGCGCUCACAACGCCAGCAGAGUGCGCAGCGUGAUGUAGUCCAGCUUCAGCUCCAGCUGUAGACCGAGAUUGAGAACGAGACCGAAGCGGAAACAGAGCUCCAGCUUUCGCAGCGGCCACUCAGGGAAACUUUUCCACACUCGAGCACGCACACAGGGACAGGUCGAGUCGGAAAAGCGGAAAAGCCUCAGACAAAUGGCCAGGAAUAGCAGCAGCGGCAGUAGCAGCGAGCGAAGCAGCAGCAGCAGUGGCACAGAACCGAGAAAGCCGUGAACAAAAGUAGAAAAAAAAUAAAAACAUAAAAGAGGAGGCGUGAAAAUACCACACAAGUGGCGGGCGUGUGUGCAAAUCUAGGAGAAAAUCGCGUCCUGGGGAAAUGGAAAUACUGAGGCUUCGCUUAGCCACGCCAGCAGUAGCAGCGGAAGUAGCAGCAACACCAGCGGAAACGGCAACCUGAAUCCGCGCCCGCUCCCACUUUCUACGCUUUCUCCGUUCCGUGUUAAUUGUUAUUUAUGUAUAGUGUAUAUAUAAAGUUGUGUGAUACAAAUGGAUGGCAAAGAUCCAGCCAGCAAGCAAGAAACUCUUACCUAAACUCAGUCUAAUCAAAAGCGUACAACGACAACAAACGGUUUUGCAAGUGAAACGAUAACACCAAGCCAACCAAUCCAACCAACCAAUUCAACCAACCAACCAACCAAGCAAACAAACAAACAACCAACAACAUUUUUCCAACGGGUCCAAUGUUGCAGCCAACAACAUGCAGCAAACAGCAACAGCAGAGGCAGCAACCAGCAAUCGCAACAGCAGCAGUGGGAGGAGCAGCGGUCCAGGAGCUGCUUCGGCAAGCCGCAGCUAAAGAUCAUGGAGCCUUAGCAGCAGCAACUGCAACAGCAACAACUGCAACAUCUGCAACAACAGCAGCAGCAGCAACAGCGAGCCGCAACGCUUGGUGCCACAGUGACAACAUGUUGCCCGUAGGCCGCACCAGCAGCACAACGAUAGACUUCAACAGUCGCCGGCGAAGGGGGCGCCUACGAGGUCUCGCCCCCUUUGUCCAGGCGGAGAACAAGCAACACCAUGCUACAAUACUGGACGAGUGUGUAAAUAUUUUCAAGCGCUUAGUAUUAUUAACAUUAAAAACAAUAUCAGCAAAAACAAUAACGAAAGCAAAGACAAGAAGCAGAACGGCGGCGAUACCAGCAACAACACCAUCAACACCAGCAACGCCUGCAGCAUCUGCAACAUCUCGUUGUGCCUCAGUGGAGCAACUACUCCACCCAAGCAGCAGCAGCCGCAGCCGCUGCAGAAAUCGCUGCCUCCGCCUACCGGUCUACAGCAUCCUGCUGCUCUGCUUAACCACCCAGGGAUUGGGACUGGGCGAUGCUGCCAAGCCCAAGUCGGCCAAGCAGCACUUCGGCGGCAGCAGCAACAGCCCAAACCAAAACCAAAACCAAAACCAGAACCACAACGAUGUCCUGGGCGGGGUGGGUGCCCCAUCCCAAACGUCCGGCGAGGACGAGGCCGAGAUCAUGUACCCCUUCCAGUCCGGGGAGCAGAUGUUCGGCCUGGAGGAGGACCAGGAGCAGGACCAGGAGCUCAACUCCAAUGCAGUUCCCGGCUCCGACGAGGAUAAUGCGGCCAAUCAACGUGGUAUCAAUGACACGCACAACGAUAACUCGACCACCACGAAAACGCCACUAUUCCCGAAAGACCUAUUCACGAAAGAACAGCUUGAGAACGGCGCUGUCAUCCUGCACAUCAUUGGGGUGAUAUAUAUGUUUGUGGCGCUGGCCAUUGUCUGCGAUGAAUUCUUCGUGCCUUCCCUUGACGUAAUCAUUGAAAAGCUCGGCAUCACGGACGAUGUGGCCGGCGCGACGUUUAUGGCGGCGGGUGGCAGUGCCCCCGAGCUCUUCACCAGUGUAAUUGGCGUUUUCGUGUCGUUCGACGACGUGGGCAUUGGUACGAUCGUUGGCUCCGCCGUGUUCAACAUCCUGUUCGUGAUCGGAAUGUGCGCGCUCUUCUCGAAGACGGUCCUGUCGCUCACCUGGUGGCCUUUGUUCCGCGACUGCUCGUUCUACAGCAUCAGCCUGCUGGUGCUGAUCUACUUCUUCCGGGACAACCGCAUCUUCUGGUGGGAGGCCCUCAUCCUGUUCACCAUCUACAUCGCCUACGUGGCCUUCAUGAAGUGGAACGUCCAGGUGGAGACGUGCGUCAAGAAGAUGAUUACCAAAAACAAGGUGACUCGCGUCAGAAGUACAGAUCAACUUAUGCCAGCAGGUAAUGCGGCCAACUCCUCGGAAACAUCGAUGGCCACCCAGCCGGGCGGCUCCGUAACUUCGCGGGCGGCCAGCGAAACCCGCUCCGGUCCGCAUGGAUCGGGCCACGCGGGCGCCACAGGUAAUAGCAGCGGCGGGGGCGGCACCUCGGGUAGUACUCAGACCGGUGCCAAGUUCCGCCACGGCCUGUUACAGCUAAUGAUACACACGAUAGAUCCACUACACGAUGGCAAAGUGGACGAGAAGGCGACGCAGCUCCACGCCAUUGCCUCGCUGAAGGUUUUACUAGAUGCCACCAAACCACAGCGCGGUGGUGCCACCACCUCGGCGGCCAACCACGUCAAGAUCAACCUCAAGGAGACCACGCUCGCCGAUCGUCCCAAUGGGAACAUCGACACCACCCUCGACUCGCCAUCGUUGAGUGGUCGACGUCCUAGCUGGAUUGAGCAGAGGGUCAAAAUUCAGACACGCAAAUUUAGCAUCAAAGCGCCAGAAAUCGAGGAUGAGCCGGAACCGCUGAGCAUGGCCUGGCCGGAUACGGCGCGAAAGCGGCUCACCUACGUCCUGGUGGCCCCGCUCCUGGUGCCCAUGUGGCUCACACUGCCCGACACGCGGACGCCCCGCGGCAAGCGCUUCUUUCCGGUCACCUUCAUCGGCUCCAUCGUGUGGAUAGCGGCCUUCUCCUACCUGAUGGUCUGGUGGGCCAACGUGGCCGGCGACACGGCGCGCAUUCCGCCCGAGGUCAUGGGUCUGACCUUCCUGGCGGCGGGCACUUCCAUUCCGGACUUGAUUACCUCGGUGAUUGUGGCACGCAAGGGAUUCGGCGACAUGGCCGUGUCCAGUUCCGUGGGCAGCAACAUAUUCGACGUGACCGUGGGCCUGCCGAUCCCGUGGCUGCUGUACGGAAUCAUCUACGGGGCACCCGUGGAGGUGAACUCGGUGGGCAUGGUCUGCUCCAUAACCAUCCUGUUUAUGAUGCUGGUGUUCGUGGUGAUGUCGAUCGCCUGCUUCCGCUGGCGCAUGAACAAGGGGUUGGGCUUCACCAUGUUUCUGUUGUAUUUUGUCUUUGUCGCCGUGUCGCUGAUGUUCGAAUACGACCUGAUCACUUGCCCCUUUUAAGGGCAAGGGCAAAGACAAAAGGUGGCAACAGUUACCGAGUUACCCGAAAUAACCGAGCUAUCCGAGCUACCCGAGCAGCUAUCAAGGAUAUCCAGAUGCCGCCGAGGACGAGACAAGGACCCUGUCUCUCUCACACCCAAUUAGCUAAAUUAUAUACAAGCAAAUUAAUUAAUGAUUAACAAAUUAAUUAACAAUGGACUAAAGCUAAAUAAUCGAAUUGUUAAACAGACACAGAUGCAGACAAACACCGCCACACACUCACUCACAGAUACACAUCACCACUCACACACACACACACACACACACACACACACAAGAGCGAAAGCGAUAGUGAAAUAACGAAAUCGAAAACUUAACGUUAACAAAUGCGAGUUAGUUAGUGCCAGCGUUUCUUUUUCAAAAGACAUUUACUUUAAAGUGUUUAGCGCAGCUUUUUAACGCAAGCAGCCACCCCUACACCCUUUACCCUCUACCCUCCACCCUAAACUCCUACCCCUAACUCUAUAAAUCUAUCGUAUCUAUCUACAAAAUACUACCAAACUAGAGAGAAGGAAACACGACAAUGGCUUCCCAACCACUUAAUAACUAUCUACCUAACGUUUGGGUUUUAACUACAAGCAUAAGAAACCAGCAAAAGUAUGUAUCUACAAAAUAUAUAUGAUUAUCUCGGCACAAGGCACCCUAUAUACGGUACGAUACGAUACGAUACGAUACGAUACGAUACGAUACGAUACGAUACGAUAAAGGAAAGCAGCACCCAACAAAGCCACGAUCAGUGCUAAAGUUUUGUGUUGAGCUCUUUCGAUUCGAUCGAUCGAUCGAUCGAUAUCGAUCGGGCAGAAGCCUUUCAUUUGCGUGCUCUACUAAGAUUUCUCCUAAAAGCUUUAUCCAGAGCCUAUCUAAACUCUAUCUAGUUUACGACUUAUAUACAUAAUACUUAUAUCCCACUCACACGCACACUUACAUGGCAUACUAUAUAUUGACCUGCAUUGAUUAAGUGAUAAUUUGCGUACUUAUUGAACAAGCAAACGAACAAAUCGAAAAACUCUCAAAGUAAGCUACAAUUAUACUCGAAUACUUCAAAACAAAAUCGAAUCGAAGCGAAGCGAAGCGAAUGUAGGGCUUUAAACAUUUUGCUAAAGCAUUUGCCGUGCAUGCAGACCAGAGCAUUAUGUUUAUCGAUUCCAGUCCGAUGCUAAUUCUAAUUCUAAUUCUAAUUCUAGUUAUGAUUAUGAUUCUAGUUCUGAUCCCGUUUCUAGUCCUAAUUCCAAUUCUGAUUCAUGUUGGCGUGUUUAGCAGGAGCAGAGUUUAAAUUUAACUUUAAAUUGAAGCCAUAUUUAUUAUAGACUACUUCAAAUCCAAAAACAAAAACUAAGCCCACAAAAAUCCAAAAAAAAAAAAACUAAUUUCAUAUACUUUUUGCUUAAUGAAGUCCCCCAAGUACAUAUAUAUGAGCAUAUUAACGUAUUUAUAUAUAAACGACAUAUAAGACGAUAUUUAACGAAAUAUGAAACAAAAUCAACUUGCUCUCUUUAUUUAGAAAGUACGUAACAUUUUUCUAAACUAAAACCCUAAACUCGUAAUACCAAGUGGCCGCAAAACCGAAGAAAUGCAAAUGCAAAUGCAAUUGGAAAAGAAACCCAAAUAAUUUAACAUAAAACGCAUACAUAUAUACACCUAAAUAUAAACAUACAUAUAUAUACAUAUAUAUAUUUUAUAUAUACCAGAAGAUAACUUACUAUAUAUAUAUGCAACUAUACUUAAGUAGGCAAUGUAUCUAACGGAUAUCCGACGUUUGCAUAUGGCUCGCAGUCAAGUUGAGGAAGCGACAGAACAACAGACAGAUACAGAUACAGAUACAGAU